CUUCUCCCGCUCGCGGUAUGCAGUGUCAUGGAUCCCCCCUCCUCGGCUCCAGCAACGAACCCUUCCGAGUCCCGCGCGUUUCAAAGGUGGCUCAAAAAAGCGUCCCUCGUUACCGGUCUUGGGCUGACGCCGGAAGAACGCCAACAUUAUCUUGAUGAACAAAAACAUGUCCGCUGCGAGAAAUGGAAGACCGAGCUCCUGAACUACAGUCCUUCUGUCGUUUUCAUGCUUAAGCAUCUCCGACUGUCCGGCUGUGCCGUACCACCCUCCAAUAUCGUGUGUGGGUCAUGCGAUUGCACGCGUUCCGGUGGAUUUCAUCCUUCUGGUGCCAUUGUUUUAUGCGAAGGUCAUUUCGGAAGCAAGCGACACAUGCAGGAUACCCUGACACACGAGCUAAUACACAUGUAUGACCAUUGCAAGUUUAACGUUGAUUGGUAUAAUUUGAGACACCAUGCAUGCAGCGAAAUUCGUGCCAAUAGUCUGAGUGGGGACUGCAGGUUCAUGCGCGAGGUAGGAAGAGGAAACGUGUCCCUUUCGAAACAGCACCAGGCAUGCGUACGCCGAAGGGCCAUACUGUCCGUACGGGCGAAUCCCAAGUGCCCAGACGGGGCUGCAGCUGAACGUGCAGUGAACGAGGUCUGGGAGAGUUGUUUCAAUGAUACGAGGCCGUUCGAUGAGGCGAGGAUCUUGGCUGUCUGGAUGUACGGCGGAGAGCUGAUGCCAAAUGCGUUCCAGAUCUAUUAAUAAUACUUGGGCAGCAGACUUUCCUUGUAUGGAAAGAAAGAAGACAGGGGGCAGCGGUGAGCUUGGGGAGGGAGGGGGACGCGUUCGUGCUAGAGUUCAAGCGCCCAAUGUUCUACUCGGUUGGUGGCGGUGGCGGCGGAGACAGUCGCCCGGAUAUUCUAGUGUACUGUUACAGGAUAGGAGCCGAACGGAAUGGAACAUCGGGGAUGGGA